AUGAAGUUGAAUGCAAAAUGGAGACUUCACAUGCACUCCUAUGUAUUCAUACACAUCAUAUCUUGGCCACAUUUUUUAUCAACCAAGUUCAGAAUCGUGGAAUCAAAGAGUCAUUCUUUGAGGAAGCCAAGAUCUGUCCGAUUCCGGAUCAAUGAAGGUGAGACUCGAAACCGCUCAGUUCCUUCAUUCUUCAAUUCUCGGCCCAUUUCACUCUUUGGGAUGGAUAGAAACCCGGUCCAGAACACCUGCACUCUUAUCAAAUUACUCCAAACUUGUUCAACUCAAUAA